AUGGACACAUCGCACGAAAUUGUCCAUUGCCCCCACAAUUCAGUCAAAACUACAACUCGAGAGGCCGAGGGAGAUUUAAAGGCCGAGGAGGCCACCAUAGUCGAGGAAGAUUUCUUGAACGAGGCAGUUUUCAAAAUUCAGGACAAGGCCGCGAUUCUACUAGUAACAACACGAGGACUCAGCCAUAUUGGUCGGCCACCCAAAACCAACGAGGAGGAUUCAACAGACGAUUUGGAAAUCGAGGACGUGGAGGAUACAAAAAUUAUGGAUUUAAAAAUCGACAUCAACAUGCUAAUUCUGCACUUGCAAAUCAAAAUCUUGCAGACAGUUUGCUCAUAA